AUCAGUCGCCUUCGCCACCAUCAUCAUCAGACUGGAUGCACUUUUUGCUCCACUUUUUUGUCAUCAUUGGGCGAGCGCAGCCACAGUCCGUUUGUUUCCAUCUUGGCGUAUGAAUCAUCCUUCAUACGUUUGUCUUUUUCCUGAAGAGUGCGACCGUCGAAAAUAUUGCCAGUUUCCUCAUUUUCCGUAGUUUGUAAAGUCUUGAUAACGGUACAUCGCGUAUAAUAUUCAAGGAGAUUUAGCAGCCAAAAUUGCAAGUGACACACUGGUGGAGAUUUUGUAUUUGUGCAAAGCAGAGAAAGGCACACAAAGCGAAGGAAGGAUAAAGUGACAAGUGAGGCAAACGAGGCAAUUUUAAUAUGGUGGUGUAGUUUUGUACAGUCAUUUUCAUUGUUCGUCAAUAGUGGCACUGGAAAGAAAAAGCGAUAAGGAAGCCCGUGGAAUCGCACCGUAAUCAGGAGGAAAUUACGACGGGAGGUUGGAAACCGAUUUUCCAACAGUGUUGAGUUGUGUAAUAACGAGGAUCGGAAGAAUCCUUGGGGUUUCAGGGGUGCUAGGAAAAAUACAAGCAUUAGCUGUGUUCAAUGACUUUGAUCGAACUUGCUCGGGCUUCGGAAGCUAGUAGAUGCCAAAGUGAAGAAGAAAAAUUAGCUGUGACAAAAAGUGGUUCUAGUGUAACAAAAAAAAGUAUCGGAGGAGUUUCGACGCAUCUAAUUGUAUAUUGGAAUUAUCUGUAGUAGAAAAUUUAGUAUAGUGAACACAUAUUCAUCAUGGACGGAGAAUCGGAGAAGCAGCCACUUUUGAAGCAAUCGUCUCAAUCUGGGCAACCCGACUCCGGAUCGGAACAACCAUCACAAGCGAUCGUCACGGCUUCCUCCAUUGGACCGGAUGAGGUUCCACCGCCAUACCAGCAGGAACAACAGAGCAGUGUCAUUGUAACGUGUCGUGUCUGUCAGGCCUUGAUAGAUAUUUCAUGGAAAAAGGAGCAACACGUCGUUAAGUGUUCACAGUGCCAUGAGGCUACGCCAAUUCGCAAUGCACCUCCCGGAAAAAAGUAUGUCCGCUGCCCCUGCAACUGUUUGCUUAUCUGCAAGAGCUCUUCCCAGCGGGUGGCUUGUCCGAGACCUAACUGCAAGCGCAUUAUCAACCUGGCGCCGAGUCCAGUGACGCCACCAUUGCUAUCGAUGCCCGGCAUGUGCCGCGUCACCUGUGGUCAUUGUCACGAUACGUUCUUGUUUGACACAUUGAAGAAUAAUCUGGCCAGGUGCCCUCACUGUCGCAAGGUUUCAUCGGUCGGUGCAGACUUUUGCCGCAAACGGCGCAAUUUGCUGUUCCUCGGGGGAUUGAUUUUCCUUGCAAUCGGUAUGGGUGUUACCUAUGGCACGUUGGCCUACGCAAAGGAUCACAGUGGAAUGUACAUUGCCUACAUCAGUCUGUUUUUGGUGGCACUGCUCUUGUUUGGUAAAACGAUAUACUACUGUACGCUCAAAGUGAGUAACGUGGAAGGACCGAUCUAAGGUGAUAUGUUCAGCAAUUUCGCGAGUUUGUCUUCUGCGCCGGUGUCAUCGUCUAUCUCCAAAGUUUUGUAUUUGCCGAGAACAGCAACAGUAUCAGCAGAAAAAAAGGUAACCGAAGGAACAAAUGUUAAUUUCCUUAGCCCAUACAUACAUUUCAAAGCAACAAUUUAUACACAUUCCUAAGAGUUAACAUCGCGAUUGAAACCGACAAUAUAUCAGUCCAAAGCUUGUUAUUCAUUUCUGGUGGAUACUGAUGGUUCCCAACCCGAUGCAAAAAUGCAGGUACAUUUUGUGUUGUAAUACUUCGAAUUUGCCACAGAUCUGGUUGGUGGUUGCAGGAUGCAAUGUGGAAGCCAUAUUCAAAUGUAUUCGUGGAUAAACUCGUACAAGGACGAUUAGGAAAUGAUCUACACUGUGUCUCCCCAACGGUAGUAGAUAGUGAUGAGUAGCAUAAGAGCAAAAUUGGAAAACAAAAAUCAUCGAUACACCUAUGUUAUGAUUUAUUGAUCCAUAUUUUUACAUUUUUACUAAUUGUAAUCACUCAAUCUGAAUUUAUAUGCUGUAUAAAUUAAUUAGAUAAGUGCAGGAAAGUGAGGUUUCUGUUCUUUUGUUUAAGAAAAGUUAUAUUUAAUUUAAUCAUGGAAUAAACUAUAUACAAGCUGUAUGUUAAUGGAAGCACGUGAUUGAUAGUGUAAUGAACAAAAAAUAUCGAACCAACUUGCGCAAUGUGAGAAGAAAAAAUGAAUCAAAAACAAGCGCACGUCGUGACAUAGCAAGAGGAGUAUUACACAUUCAUACACCAAUUUAUAUACUAAAUAUCAUGAUUACUCCAUACUCGGUCAACAUUAUAUUGGAUCAUAUUAGAAGUACGAAAGCACACCACAAUUAGAAUGUAAACUUUUUCCAAGAAGCGAAUUAAUGUCAGCAGAAAACGGAAAUGUUGCUCCAAUUCGACAAAACCAAUUAUAAAAUAUUAAAACUUUCAAACGUCUUUCUCAACCUACAUUUGUUCACUUUAUGUAUGAUCCACAUUUCUGCAAUAGGAACAUAAUCAGUAAAAUGAAUGGUGAAUAAACAAUAUACGCUUGCCUUGAACGGAACAUCAUUUUGUGCGGUAGAUUGUCACAAAGAACAAUAUGUUGCAUACGAGCCUGCAGUUUUUUUUUUCAACUUAGUUUUUGCCCUCGGAAAAUGAUAUUACAUUUCUAUUUUAGAAGUUAGAAUGAGAAUAAUGUGCUUUGAAAAUUGCAAAACUGAAAGCUCCAUCUACCGAAAACAUACUUUUAACCUCCCAUUGCAAAGUUAUGAUUAAUGUUAUGACCCUAACGAUAUACAUUAACUACAUUGACUACACAACAAUCGAAAAACAGACAGAAAAUAAAGGAAAAUUAGGAAAAUUGUAGCGUGUUUA